GGGAUUGUGGGGGGGGGGGGGGGGGGGGGGGGUUAGGGGGAGGGGGGGGGGGGAAGGGGAUAGGUUAAUGGGGGGGGGGGGGGGGGGGGGGGGGGUUAUAGGGGGGGGAGGGGGCGGGGGGGGGGGGGGUGGGGUAGGGCGGGAGAGGAGUGGGGGGGGGGGGGGGGGGGGAGGGGUAGGGGCGGACAUGCUCGCUUUGGAACGCGAGUUGGCGGAAGCCGAUGAUGAGGCGGAGAACCAACUAGCCCUUGCAUUUGCCAGCGCGCACCCGGAAUCCGCUUCGCUUCUUUCCGGUGGGACCACUCCAGUCCCCGGUGGUGUCGGUGGAGCAGCUGACGUCUCAGAACAGGUUACCGUAGAAUCCUUGGAAGAGCGUCGAUUGGAGAAACGAUCCAAAGUCCUGUUGCGUAUGCUGCGCGCACACCAGCAACAAUUCGGCUGGGAUGGACCGCUUUCAUUACAGUCUAUUUGUGCUGGCAAUACCAAAAAACAGGCCGCUUCAAAGUUCUACACCAUUCUGUUAUUGCGUAAACAAGGCGCAGUUGACCUAAAGCAAGAAGCUGCCUAUUCGGACAUUCUCAUUUCCAGGGGACCAAAUUUCAAUCGCCUCCUAGAUGUCUAG